UUCUUGGAAAAAACUGGAAAAAAUAAGAAGGAAAAAAAUUGGAUUCGUUCUGGCAAGGAUUUUGUUAGUCCUACUAUAAAAAUCCAUGUUUCUAACAUUUAGACUCUGAUGAAUUUCACAUGUCUGAAUCAAUCUCUUUGUGUAUUCUGAGGCUAGAAAUAGAGAAUGAUCACGAAAUCCCAAAAUCUUUCAAUUACUGUGCAUCAGACCUCCAUACUGCUAACAUAGAAUCUAGGGAUAGAGCAUCGUAUGCUUCAGUUGUUAAUACAUCCGGACCAAAUUCUAGUGUAGAAAAGUCUCCUGUAGAGUUGAACCUCACUUGCAGAGGACAGCGUGGGUUUGGUGACUUCACAAUAGAAUCUUAUUUCUCGGUAAAUUUUGAAACCAAAUCUGAAAUGAAAGCAGCUGAAGACAAGACCGACAGGCAUACUGAAGACUUUAAACCAAUUAAAGAUGGCCAGUCUCCUGGUCCAUCAUCAGAUGACCACAGACCUGGCAGCAGUCAGAGUACAAGGCCUAAGAGUCAUACACCACCACUGAAAUCCCCACAUAUGAUACACUUUUAUUCUGGAAAUCCAAUGGUGGAAAAGACCAGGGGAAUACUUCAUCUUUAUAAAGACGAUCAGAUUACAUCCCUGAAGUCUGGAGUACCAAGAAGUGAGUUGAUUUGCAUGGUAGCUGUCCCAGCUGCUUAUACCAUUCAUGAUUUACUCAACUUCACAGCAGCAGUUCAUGAAGGAAUAGAAUACCUAAGAAUAGUCAGAGACAGUACUCCAAAUCAGUAUAUGGUGUUAGUGAAAUUCAGGACACAGAAACUAGCAGAUGAAUUCUUCAACACCUAUAACAAUGUAACAUACAACUCAAUAGAACCAGAUAUUUGUUUAUUGACUUAUGUUGCUAAAAUGGAAACUUUAAAAGAAGAAGAGGAUGUUAGCUUACCUGUGCCAGGGCUAACAGAAUUACCCAACUGUCCUGUAUGCUUAGAAAGAAUGGAUGAAUCUGUGGAUGGAAUAUUAACAAUCCUGUGUAACCAUGCUUUCCAUAUGAAAUGUUUGGCACAGUGGGGUGAUACAAGUUGUCCUGUAUGUAGAUAUCUACAGACACCUGAAGAAGUAGUAGACAACAGAUGUAUGACUUGUGGAUCACAAGAGAGUUUAUGGAUAUGUUUGAUUUGUGGAAAUAUUGGCUGUGGUAGAUAUACUGGACAACAUGCACACAGUCAUUUCGUAGAAACACAGCAUACUUAUUCCAUGCAGCUUGGUAACAAUCGUGUGUGGGAUUAUGCUGGAGAUAACUAUGUCCAUAGAUUAGUACAAAACAAAGGAGAUGGUAAACUUGUCGAGGUAGAUGAAGGAGGGCGGGUAGUACAUGAAGAGAAAAUAGAUUCUCUAGCUUUAGAGUACACCUACCUGCUGACAAGUCAGCUAGAAUCACAACGACUUUACUUUGAAGAAAAAAUGAAUCAGAUAGAAGAAAAUGGAAAACUGACGGCACAAGAGUUAGAUCACAGAUUACAGAAGGAAAGGGAAGUUAAUGAGGAUAUACAAUUAAAACUUCGGGAAACAGAAAAAGAUAAACACAGCAUGGACAAGAAAUGUAAUCAUCUGCAUUCAAGGCUUACAAAAGUUUUAUCAGAGUUACAAGAGGAAAAACAGAUGAAUAAAUGUUUACUGGAAAACCAACAAGUGUGGCAGAAAAAAGUUCAGAAUCUAGAAUCUCAAGUCAAAGAUCUAACAUGUACAAAGGAAAAGGAAAUAAAUGAGUUGAGAGAACAGUUACGAGAUGUCAUGUUUUACUUAGAAGCUCAACAAAAAUUAUCUAGUGCUACAGAAAUAUCACAAGAAGAAAUACAAGACGGUAAAGUAAUAGUUGGUGCUUCUGGUAAUACACCAUCACCCAUAUCUAGACGAGGAAGGAAAAAAGAUAGAUAAUUGUUAAUUUUACCUUGUUUUUUAUUGUUUAUUUAUAUUUGUUGUAAUAAGGGAGCAUUGGAAUAGUAAUUGCUUGUUGUAAAUUGUUAAAUUUCUAUAUUUUAAAACAAAGACGUCAGGUGAAAGGUGAAACUUGUUAGGAUGAAGGUGAAAGUUCUGGUAUUACACUGAGAGCAUAAUAAUUACUUAGUAUUUAAGUAUUAGAACAAUUGCUUUUAUUCUUUACACAUUUUACAGACUAAAUCUAAUUAUAAAUCACAAUGGAAUUCUUUACAGACUCUUUGUCUAUUUCUUGCUUAUGAAUAUUUUACUGAUCCAAUAAUCAACCAUUGUACAAAGAUGCAAUAAAAAGAUAUUUUCCAAUAUCUGUCAUUGUUCACAUUAAUGCAACUGUGUAGUAGAUAAAUAAGCAGGAAAUUAAUUAAUUGUAGACUAUCAUUAUCGCAUUUUCAGAAAAUGCACUAGAAAUAUUGAUUUUCUAUUGACAGUUAUUUGUAUUCUAAAUUGUUGAUUGCAAUUCAUGCUUUAUAGCUUAAAUUAAGCUGUUGCAUUAUUCACUAUCAUACAUUUUGAAACAUAAUAAAUAUGAUUUUUGAUAAUUUGU